CUCCAGUACUUUCCACAGAAACCAGAAAUUGGACACUUGCUGAAACGUGUUUGAGUUUUCCAGAAAAAAGAUGAUUCGAUUUAGCCAAACUUCACUGAUCUAUCUAAAUAUGUAUUUUUUUAUAUGUGAAGAAGUCACGCAAGGUUGUUUGGCACACCAUUCUUCAAUGGAUCCUCCUGUUGUCAACAUCGUGGAAGAAACUUCCAAAAUUGGAAGCAAAAGCAAACCCAGUCAUACCUUACACAAAGACACCUGUUCUACACCAGGUGGUGUUCACGCUAAAAUAACCCGAGAAGAAAAACAGUCUAUGUGUAGAAAUCUGCAGAAUUCUAUUGUGACGUACACAAGAAAUACCAAAAAACUGCUAAGAAAUAUGAUGGAUGAACAGCAAGCUUCUUUGGAUUACCUUACUAAUCAGGUGAAUGAGCUUAUGAACAGAGUCCUUCUCUUGAAUACCGAAGUGUUUAGAAAACACUUGGAUCCAUUUCCACACAGACCAGUUCAUUCUCAUGGCUUAGACUGCACCGAUGUUAAAGAUACCAUUGGUUCCGUCUCCAAAACGCCGAGCGGCCUGUACAUAAUCCACCCCGAAGGAGCCGGUUACCCAUUUGAGGUGAUGUGUGACAUGGAAUUCAGAGGAGGUGGUUGGACGGUGAUUCAAAAAAGGAUUGAUGGGAUAAUUGAUUUUCAAAGGCUGUGGUGUGAUUAUCUAGAUGGAUUUGGUGAUCUUUUAGGAGAAUUUUGGCUGGGCCUGAAAAAGAUAUUUUAUAUUGUAAAUCAGAAAAAUGCCAGCUUUAUGUUACAUGUGGCUCUGGAAUCUGAAGAUGACAUGUCUGCUUCUGCAUCAUACGACAACUUUUGGCUAGAAGAUGAAGCCAGUUUUUUUAAAAUACACUUAGGGCGUUAUUCGGGAGGAAAUGCUGGGGAUGCGUUUCGUGGCCUCAAGAAGGAGGACAACCAGAACGCGAUGCCUUUCAGCACAUCUGACGUGGACAGUGACGGAUGCCACCCCGCCUGCCUGCUCAGCGGGCGGUCCGUAAAGAGUUGUAGCGCCUUCAACAACCAGACCGGCUGGUGGUUCAACCAGUGUGGCGUCGCCAAUCUCAACGGAGCCCACCGCGCUCCAGGGAAGCCCCUCCGAGGAAUUCAGUGGGACACGUGGCUCGUAAACAACACUCGGGUCAAAAUCAAAUCUGUGUCCAUGAGAAUCCGAAGAACCUACAACCCCUAUUUCAAAUAACUGGGCUCAAACGACAACUCGUUAGUUUUGCGGGUAUCCUGGCUCUGGUGUAAGAUAUUUGCCUGGUUAAAUCUUUUCUCUGUUUCUUCUUUGAAUGCUGGUAACAGAAAGGCGGUACUGGGAAUGGGACGGGACGGGUUAGUAUGAUGGAGCCCCGUUGUCCGCUUGUAGAGUGUGGGAACUGGGAGCAGAGAGCAUAUAAUAAUGAUAAUUAUUAUUUUGGUACUUGUUAAGUGAUUACUCUGUGCCAAGAACUGUUCUGAA